UUUCACACAGUGCCUGACAGCGGUGAUUCAAACUCUGCACAUUUACUCAAAGAAACCCCUCCAACCAAUCACAGCAUGCUCCCUUCGGAUUAACAGUUAACUUAACAAUCCUCCUGUUUCUAUGUGAACCCGGACAAAGUGCAAAAUACUGUCACCAGGACACAGAGUGGCUCUUCUCUGGUGGUGAGGAGGAUACAGGCUGAACCUACACAGGGACGUCUACAUGUUCCUCCUUUUGAUUUUUCUUCAGUGAUGUCUCACGACGUGCUUUAAAACACUUGAGAUGGCUUCACUGGAGCUUUACAGUAAGGGAGCCAGUGUGUGGAUUCCUGACCCAGAUGCAGUCUGGGUGUCAGCCCAGAUCCUCAAAGACUAUAGCCCUGGAGAGACACAUCUCCUUCUACAGCUCUCAGAUGGACAGAAGGUCCAGUACCCCGUGGAGACCACCUCGGAUCUCCCACCGUUGGGGAACCCUGACAUCCUGGAGGGAGAAAAUGAUCUCACGGCUCUAAGCUUCCUCCAUGAACCUGCUGUGUUGCACAACCUGCGGGUUCGAUUCCUGGACUACAGCAGCAUCUACACGUACUGUGGUAUUGUGUUAGUGGCUAUCAAUCCCUACGACCAGCUCCCCAUAUAUGGAGAGGAGGUGAUUGAUGCCUACAGUGGUCAGGACAUGGGCGACAUGGAACCUCACAUCUUCUCUGUGGCCGAGGAAGCCUACCGCACCAUGACCAGAGAGGAGAACAACCAGUCCAUCAUCAUCAGUGGAGAGUCUGGCUCAGGGAAAACAGUCUCUGCUAAAUUCACCAUGAGAUACUUUGCUGUGGUUGGAGGAGCAGCGCAGCAGACCAGCGUAGAGGAGAGAGUUCUGGCCUCCAACCCAAUAAUGGAGUCGAUUGGGAAUGCCAAAACCACUCGAAAUGACAACAGCAGCCGUUUUGGGAAGUACAUUGAGAUCGGCUUCGGCAGAAAAGGAGACAUCAUUGCAGCAAACAUGAGGACAUAUUUACUAGAGAAGUCAAGGGUUGUCUUCCAAGCAUCUGCAGAGAGGAACUACCACAUCUUCUACCAGCUGUGUGCCUCCAGGGAGCUGCCUGAAAUGAGAUCCCUUAAAUUAAAUGCUCCUGAUCAUUUUCGUUACACUAAUCAGGGAGGAGAGAUGCAGAUUCCUGGGACUGAUGAUGUGGCAGACCUGGAGCGCACUCGCAAUGCUUUCACCAUUCUGGGUGUGCAGCCUGACCAGCAGAUGGAGCUCUUCAGGAUCCUGUCAGCAGUCCUGCACCUGGGAAAUGUCAACAUCCAAGCCAGUGGGAGAAGUGCUGAAAGGAGUUACAUUGAUGCAGACGACCGCUCUCUGGCUGUCUUCUCCAAGCUGUUGGGAGUGGAGGGCCCUCAGAUGGCCCACUGGCUGUGCCACCGCAGACUUGCAAUAGGGGGAGAGAUGUUAGUUAAACCCAUGGCGGGUCAGCAGGCUCUAGAGGCCAGAGAUGCACUGGCCAAACACAUCUAUGGCCAGCUGUUUACAUGGACCGUCCAGAGGCUCAACUCUGCUCUGCGCACCCAGGGGGGAAAGACAAAGUCCUUUAUAGGGGUGUUGGACAUAUAUGGGUUUGAGACGUUUGACCGGAACAGUUUUGAGCAGUUUUGUAUAAAUUAUGCCAAUGAAAAACUGCAACAGCAGUUCAACAGGCAUGUGUUCCACUUGGAGCAGGAGGAGUAUAUCCGUGAGGAGCUGGCAUGGAGCAGGAUUGAGUUCAGUGACAAUCAGCAGUGCAUCAACCUCAUUGAGGGACAGCUGGGCCUGUUUGAUCUGUUAGAUGAGGAGUGCAGGAUGCCCAAAGGUUCAGAUGAGAGCUGGGUGAGGAAGCUGUAUGACCAACACCUGACCAGCAAGCCUCACCCUCAUUUCAGAAAACCUCGAAUGUCCAACAGUGCCUUCAUUAUUUUGCACUUUGCAGACACGGUGCAAUAUGAGUGUGACAGCUUUCUGGACAAGAAUCGAGAUACAGUGUUUGAAGAGCUCAUUAAUAUUCUCAAAGCCAGUCAGUCUGAGCUCGUGGCUGAGUUGUUCCAGCAGCAGGGAAAUGUGCCCUCUGUGGCCAAUGGAAGCGUUCGCACAGGAAAAAGAGCCGUCAGAGAGCACAAACUGACUGUGGGCUUCCAGUUCCGUCAGUCCUUACAGAUGCUGAUGGACACACUGAACAGCACCACUCCUCACUACGUCCGCUGUAUUAAACCCAACGAUCUCAAAGAACCAUUUAUGUUUGACCCCAGGAGAACGGUUCAGCAGCUGAGAGCCUGUGGGGUGCUGGAAACAAUCCGCAUCAGUGCUGCAGGUUAUCCAUCCAGAUGGACGUAUGAGGAGUUCUUCAGCAGGUACCGUCUCCUCCUUCGAGGUCCUCAGAGCCAGGAUCAGGCCCAGGCCUCAUGCAGACAGACUUUACCUGAGCUGAUCCCAGAUCAGGACCAGUACUGUUUUGGAAAGACAAAAGUGUUUUUCCGGGCAGGUCAGGUGGCUUUUCUGGAGAGGCUAAGAUCUGAGAGGCUGCGUGUCGCUGCUGUGAUCAUCCAGAGCCGGGUCAAAGGAUGGCUGGCAAAGAUCAGAUACACCAGGAUCUGCUGGGCUACUGUCACUAUACAGAGAUACAGCAGAGGAGCUCUGGCUAGACGACUGGCCCUUACUCUGCGCUACACAAAGUCUGCCUUAGUGAUCCAAAAGACUUACCGCAUGGUGGUGGUCAGACAGCUGUUCCUCAUGAUUCGACAGGCCACCAUCAGCAUCCAGGCCUUCACCAGGGGCACACUCGCACGUCGCAGAUACAGACAGUUGGUGGUGGAACACGCUGCGGUUCUGCUUCAAGCAAGUGUGCGUGGCUGGCUGGCGAGGAAGGCGUACAGGAGAGUACAUGCAACGGUGGUGUUCAUGCAGUGCUGCGUGCGACGCAGAGCUGCAAGGAGAGAACUGAUGAAAUUAAAGACUGAGGCUCGCUCAGUGGAGAAGUACAGAGAGCUCAACAAGGGCAUGGAAGUCAAACUGAUGCAGUUGCAGCUGAAAGCAGACCACGAGGCACGCGAGAGUGCUGCUUUGAGGGAGACGCUGCAUGCAGAGCGAGACGCCAGCGGUGCUGAGUUGGAGGCUUUGAGGGUGACGAUACAGAAACUUGAAAGUCAAAAGCAGGAGAAGCCGCAGCCCAGCCCCAUAAUCAGUGAGAAGGAGGUGGAGGAAAGGAGGAGAGCGGAGGAGAAAGCUGCUCGGGAGAUCUUUCAGCUCACUCAAGAGCUGCAAGCCCUGCAGAGAGAAAUGGACAGUUUCUGCAAAGAAAGAGAGGACCUUUCUGCUCAGUUGGUGGAACAAGAAAAAACCCAAGAAGAGUGUGUGCAGCAGAGUGUGUCACAGGCGUGUGCAGCUCUGAGGGCAGAGCUGGAUGAGGAGAGGAGAAAGUAUCAGGGACUCCUCAGAGAGUUUACCAGACUGGAGCAGAGAUACGACAACCUGAGGGAGAUGAGUCUGCUCACUGAGCGCACCCAAGGCCACAGGAGGACAGACUCUGCACAGAGUCUGAGCUUUGAGCCUCUCUCUCCCUCUAUUCCCACUCCGCUGUCACCACAGUCUCUCACCCCACUCUCCCUGUCACCCUUCCCAUCUGCCUACCCUUCUCCAGAGAUAGUCCGCAAGGUCAGCGUGACAUCUCCCUCCUUUGAGAGGAAAUUCUCAACCUGGGGAUCUGAAACACCAAUGGACCAGCUGAUGGAGAGGAUGGAUGUUGCCAAAGACCCGGCAGUGAAGAUGAAAGGGGAGGACCUGGCUCAUGCUUAUGACGCAGUACGAGUGGCCAACAAGUUUCUGGAAAGCCAGCUGCGGGGUCAGCAAAGUCAGUGGGAGGGGGAUCUGGAGGCUCUGAGGAGCCAGCUCAACCAGGCCAUCUCUGGUUCUUCCUCCACUGCAGAAAGACAGAAUCUGCAGGAACUGCUUGAGGCCAGAGAGCAAGAGUGUGUGAGAUUGAGGAGAGAGCUGAAGGAUCUGAGAGGCACAGUCUCACUCAGAAGAAUCCUAGCACAAGUUCUGCCAUCAGCUUUAACCACAGAGGCCUCUCCUGCUCCAUCCCAACCCAAAUCAGCUGCUGUCAGCGGUUUGUUGGAGUGUAGGAAGAGAGAUGAAAACAAGCUCAUCAAGAACCUCAUCACAGACAUUCGUGUUGACAGCGCCCUGUCCCUGCCUCCUGGCCUUCCUGCCAGAGUGCUCUUCCUGUGUGUUCGUCAGGCCGACUGCAGCGGAGAUCAGACUCAGGCCCGCUCACUCUGCAGCGCCGCUGUCACUGCCAUGAAGGCCGCUUUGAAGAAACACAGCAAUGAUGUAGAUAUGUCAGCUCUGUGGCUGAAAAAUGUCUGUCUGUUGCACGACCUGCUGAUCCAGCACUCCCCAAAGCAGACUCUUGAAUCAGAUGAUCUGGUCCCAUUGAACACUGAUCUGUCUGACUUGAUCCGCACUCUGAGUGACCUCUGCAUCCAGGCGUAUCAGCAGCUCCUCUCCAUCUCUGAAAAACGUCUACAAAACAUCAUAGUCCCUGCUCUGCUGGAGAGCGAGACCAUCCCCGGUUUGUCUGCCUCUGCUUCAAAGUUGGUAACUUCCAGAAAGCGAGCAGGGUCAGACCCCAGACCUGUGGGAAGGGACGCCCCCACUAUGGCGUCCGUGCAGCGGGAGCUUGGAGCUCUCCACACUGCUCUGACCCAUCAGGCUCUACCCCCGACUCUAAUGGAGCAGGCUUUCCACCAGCUCACCUACCUCAUCUCUGCGUCCGCCCUCAACAGUCUGCUGCUGAAGAAAGACAUGUGCAACUGUAGCCGUGGCAUGCAAAUACGCUACAACGUAAGCCUGCUGGAGGAGUGGCUGCGGAGCCGGGGUCUGCAGGCAGGGGGCGCUGUGGCCACACUGGAGCCCCUCAUCCAAGCUGUUAAGCUGCUGCAAGCAGGCAAAAAGACAGAGACGGAUGCACAGGCUCUGGUUCAAACCUGCACUGCUCUCUCCAGCCAGCAGAUUUCGAAGAUUCUGACCCUCUACAGCCCCCACAGUGACCUCGAUGAAAGAGUCACAGUGAAUUUCAUCCGUAUGGUCCAGGGUCUCCUUAAAGGCCGCUCUGACAGUCAGACUCCACAGAUCCUGAUGAUGGAUGUGAGGCGAGUGUUCCCUGUCACAUUUCCCUACUCGCCUCCCCCUGUCCUCCAUGCUGAGCAGUUAGUCAUCCCUGACUCCCUCAAGAUCUCCUUUCUGCGCAGGGCCUAAAGAACAAGAUGUCCAGCAGCAAACAUAUGAAUGUUUUAGCAAACUGAACUCCUGACCCCCUGGAUUUAGUCCUUUGAAAUUUUAAUCACUUCUUUGAGUCCUUGUGGGUUUAAUUAAUGUGCAUGAGAGCAGCUACUGUAUAUCUCAGUUCAGUGUUUGAAAAACAAGGAAUGAAAUGAAGCUUUUUUUUUUCUUCAUAUUUUAUUGGAAGCAGAAACACAAUGAGACUGCAGUCCCAGUCACCUCGACCUCCAAUAAGAACGACCAGAAUAAAAAAAAACUCAGAAAAUUAGAAACAUCUCGUGUAUAAAAAAAUUCUCAUGCGAGUACUUUGUACCACUACACAUCAUCAGUAAUACAUAUUUAUAUAUUCACAAACAUUUGAAAAAUAGAAAACAAUAAUAAAAUAUCAAAAUAAAAGGAGACAACAAUUGGCAGUUAACAUCAAAUAAUUAUGCGUGCUGGCACAAUACAUUUUUUUCUUUUAGUUUUAUUGUUCCUGUCAUGCACCAUUUCUGGAAGUACAGAACCGGCGUCGCUGUGCAGGCGGCUGAACGGAUCAUGCAUGUCUGUCCGCUUUGUGUCUGUGUGCUUUUCAUUGUGCUUCUACAUUUAUCCUCAUCCAAUACUUCUAUGUGCAUUCAACAUGCCAGUCCAUAACAACCAACCCGCAAACUGAGCCUCUGAAGGAGGAAGAGUUCCCUCCACUUAUGUAUCAUUGUCAACAGCAAUAAAGAAAGAUUUUUUUUCGUGGCA